GCCAAGCAACAGACAACAAGCUCUUCAUCGUGCUAAUAUGUUAGACAUCAGUUUGAAUAGAAACCCAGUUAAGCGGGAACACUUUCUUACUUUUAUGAGUAAAAUCCUAGACAAUAAUCAUGCAGAGCUCGCUCCACCAUUGCACGAAGAUGAGGAGUGCUGGUAUUUGCCAUUGUUUGGUGUUUAUCAUCCGAAGAAACCCGAUCAGAUAAGAGAUGUAUUUGAUUCUUCCGCCAAAUGUAACGGAGUUUCACUAAACAGCGUCCUGCUUACAGGUCCAGACUUGACCAACGAUCUCUUGGGAGUACUGCUGCGUUUCAGGAAAGAAAUGGUCGCAGUAACUGCAGAUGUUCAACAUAUGUUUCACUGCUUUGUUGUCAGAAAAGACCACCGAAAUUAUCUGAGAUUUUUAUGGCAUAAAGACAAUGACUUACAGAAGAACCUUGUCGAAUAUCGCAUGAGAGUUCAUGUUUUCGGGAAUAGUCCGUCACCUGCUGUUGCUACGCUUGGACUCAGAAAAGCAGCUCAAGCAUCAGAACAAGAGUUUGGCAGUCACGUGACUAGCUUUGUUACAAGAGACUUCUAUGUCGACGACGGUCUUACGUCAUGUCCCACUAAAGAGGAAGCUGUUACGCUCAUGAAGGACACACAGCAAGCAUUAGCAAGAUAUGGAAACUUACGCCUUCACAAGUUUGCCUCUAAUUGUGCGGAAGUUAUGUCUGCAUUUCAUGCCAGUGAUUUGGCUUCAAAUCUUAAAGAUCUAGACUUAGAAUGCGAUAGCAAACCCCUACAACGUAGUCUUGGUCUCAGCUGGGACGUAAACACUGAUAACUUUUUAUUUCAAUUAUCAUCAGAAAACAAACCGAUCACUCGGAGAGGAAUUUUAUCAACGAUAAACAGUCUCUACGAUCCUCUGGGAUUUUUGGCUCCGGUGAUUAUACAAGGGAAACUCCUAUUGAGGAAAAUAGUAUCAGAAACCGUCGAUUGGGACCAACCUCUCACUGAUGAGACAGCAGAUGAGUGGAAAUCUUGGAGAGAUACUCUAAUUGCUAUCGAAACAUUGCGCAUUCCACGUACCUACGUGCCGUAUCUGAGCAAAACCGCCACAAAGGAGUUACAUGUCUUUUCUGAUGCAUCAGAAAAAGCCAUAGCAGCUGUUGCAUAUCUACGCACGACCGACAGUAGUGGUGAACCAAACAUAGAAUUCAUUCUUGGGAAAGCUAAAUUUGCACCAACAAGUGGUCAUACUAUUCCACGCCUUGAACUAUCUGCUGCAGUAUUAGCAGUCGAGAUAACACAGACCAUCAUGGAUAAUUUAGAUUUACAUAUAGACACCGUAAAAUUCUACACAGACAGUAAAGUAGUCCUAGGCUACAUAAGUAACGAGACAAGAAGGUUCUUCAUCUAUGUCGCCAAUCGAGUAGAGAAAAUAAGAAAAUUUAGCCCUCCAAGUCAAUGGAAUUAUGUACCAACUCACCGUAAUCCCGCAGAUUCGGGAACAAGGUCCGUACAAGCCCAUGAAAUUCACAGCAGCGAAUGGUUAUUAGGACCAAAACAACUUCUUUCCUCAGAACAGAAGAAUUCUGAGGAUAUAUACCAGCUAAUAGAUCCAGAAGAAGAUGGAGAAAUCCGUACAACUGUUAAUGUUGCAAAAACAUUUUCCACACCUGAGCAUAAAGGUAUCGGAACUGAUAGAUUCAAUCGAUUCUCCAACUGGACAUCACUUGUGCAAGCGAUAGCCUUUUUGGAACGUUUCUCUCGUUUACACGGGUCAAAACAGGCAUAAUCAGUGACUUCUGUGGAUAGUUUUUCAAAUGCCUAAAAUUUCAUCUUAAUAUCUGCACAACAGGAAGUUUAUGGAGAUGAAAUAGAUUGUAUAAAACGUCAGGAACAAAUUAAUAAGCGGAGCCCGAUAGCUAACCUCAAUCCGUUUUUGGAUGAACGAGGACUAUUACGAGUUGGAGGCCGUAUUGUAAAAUCGGACUUGAACCUCCAUGAAAAGAAACCAUUGAUCGUCCCUGGACGCAAUCAUGUAGCAACAUUAUUAGUUCGACACUACCACAACAAGAUAAAACAUCAAGGUCGCCAUUUCACAGAUGUAGCGAUUCGAUCAGCAGGAUUUUGGAUCGUAGGAGCAAAACGCUUAAUCUCAUCUAUUAUUCACAAAUGUGUGACAUGCCGCAAACUCAGAGGAAAAACUGAGUAUCAAAUCAUGUCUGAUUUGCCAGAGGACCGUCUUGAACCUUCACCUCCGUUUACUAACGUUGGAAUAGACACCUUUGGACCCUGGACAAUUGUUUCACGUAAAACACGUGGCGGAUACGCCAACUCAAAACGUUGGGCAAUUUUAUUCACAAGCUUAGUGACAAGAGCUAUUCACAUCGAAUUAAUCGAGGAAAUGAGUUCUUCGGCCUUCAUAAACGCUGUCAGGAGAUUCGCCGCUAUAAGAGGCCAAGUGAAGAUUUUCCGAUCUGACCGUGGAACAAACUUUAUUGGCGCAAUCGACGAUUUAAAGAUUGACUCAAUCAACGUUGAAGAUGGACCCUUCAAGAACUUUCUGUACAAUUCUGGUACAACUUGGAUCUUCAAUGCGCCGCAUUCGUCCCACAUGGGUGGAGCCUGGGAAAGAAUGAUUGGUAUCACCAGAAGAAUUCUUGAUUCUAUGCUUCUAAACGCAGCCGGAAGAAGCCUUACACAUGACGUGCUGAACACACUAAUGGCAGAAGUUUCAGCAAUAGUGAACUCUAGACCUCUGGUACCAGUAUCAACAGAUCCAGAGAAUCCGUUAAUAUUAACUCCGGCUUUGUUAUUGACACAGAAAACCGACUACGUUUUUACUUCAGACCAUCUUAGGGAAUUCGACAAACGAGAUCUCUGUCUUGCCGAAUGGAGACGAGUACAGGCUCUGGCCAGUGUUUUCUGGUCCCGUUGGAGGAAGGAAUACCUGCCGUUACUACAACAACGACGAAAAUGGACCGAAGAUCGCCGUGAUCUCAUCGAAGGAGACGUCAUUCUUCUUAAGGACAAAAACAUUUGCCGUACCCAAUGGCCCGUUGGAAUUAUAGUGAACUCAUUUAAAAGUUCAGACGAACAUGUCCGAAAAGCAGAAGUGCGAGUUAUCGUUAAUGGAAAAGCAACAACCUACACACGCCCUAUCGUGGACAUGAUUCUCCUCAUAGAGAACACUCCUGUGUAAAUAUGUGUAUAUAUCUCUGGAUUUAUAUAGUGACAUUCAUAUGUGUUAUAUCUUAUGGAAUAAUAGUGAUAUCAGGUAGAUUUCAGACGGGGAGUAUUCUGGAUCACAUCCGCAAUUAUAUAUUCACUGUAUAGUCUAUAUGAUUGGAUUUUUAGACAUCCGUAUUUUCCGGAAAUAAUCUGGACUUCUCCGUAUUUUCACUAGUGCUUACUUUCUCUUCCUCACCGGUCUAUUGCAAAUGGAUGCCACGACAAAACUGCUCCUGUGGAUAUUGUGACAAAUCACCGUCAAUUUACCAAACAAUACACACUCUGUAAAAACUCCUGUAUCCUUUCUGGUGGAAUUAUAAUCUACAAGCUUCA